AUGUGUUGCUACGUGGGCAAAGCCACCAAGAUCUUCCUCUGCAUCGUCACGGCGCUGCUCAUCGCAGGCCUCGUCCUCGGCUUCGGCCUCGCCCGCCGAACGCUCUGGGGAGCCCGGAAGGCCGAGCCGGCGUGCCAGUGGCCACGCUGCAGCCAGCAGCAGCCAAUCUACGGCGAGCCGCUCCUCCCGGCCACGACCACCACCACCACCGCGCCGCCGUCGAACCCGCUGACGGAGCCGGCCGUCGCCGUCUUCCCCGGGUUCGUCGCCUCCUCCACCGCCGUGCCGCCGGCGACUGCGACCGUGCCGGUCUUCGGGCCGCCCAGCCCGUUCUCCGUCGGCCCCGGCCCCGGCCCCUCCUCGCGUCCUUGA